UCUCUUUGCAAAUGCCGCGCUCACCCUCCGCUCUCUCAAAUUCUCUUUUUCUUUCUCUUUUUGGGGACUCGGUUUCAAUCAAAUUUUCCUCUCAUGUCCGACUCUCAGGCCAAUUUUCCUUCAAAACCCUAAUACUAUUAACAAUGGAAGGAAUACCAGAAAUCAUCCCAAAUCAACAACCACUAACAGAAUCGCAAAUCCUUCAAACCCUAACAAAAAUCCUAACUUCAGAGAAACUCCAUCUUCAAAAUCUCAAUCCUUACAUUCCCCACCUCUCCUCAAGCCCUAAUCUCUUGGUCUCUCUCCUUUCUUCCAAAUCACUAUCUAAUAGACCUGCCACUCUCCUCUCCUUCUUCAAAUGGGCUCAGAGCCACCUCCCUCCUUCCUUCUUUCAAUCGCCACUUCCUCUCCUUUAUCUCCUCCCUCCUCUACUGUCACACCACAAAUUCUCCGAUGCCAAGUCCCUCCUUACCUCCUUCAUUGCCGCCGACAAGGCCAAUGUGCUCCACCGUCACAUUCUUCAUCCUCCUGCUGGGGUUGAGCACCGUCGCACCUUGAGGGCCCUUCUUGAUACCUCUAUUGGGGCAUAUGUUGCCUCUGGUAGGCCCCACUAUGCUGCCCAGAUUUUUAGCAAGAUGAAGAGAUUGCGUCUCAAGCCUAAUAUGCUCACUUGUAAUACUCUUCUGAAUGCUUUGGUCAGGUACCCUUCUUCCCAUUCUGUUCUUUUGUCUAAAGCCAUUUUUAGGGAUGUCAUUAAGCUCGGUGCUCAGGUUAAUACCAAUACUUUCAAUGUUUUGAUUUAUGGGUAUUGCUUGGAGAACAAGUUAGAGGAGGCAAUUGGACUUGUUGGUAAAAUGGGAGAGUUUGGUUGUUCCCCAGAUAACGUUACUUACAACACGAUUCUGGAUGUUUUGUGUAAGAAAGGUAAGUUGAAUGAGGCUAGGGAUUUGUUGUCGGAUAUGAAAGGUAAGGGGUUGUUGCCGAAUAGGAAUACUUAUAAUAUUUUGGUUUCUGGGUAUUGCAAGUUGGGGUGGUUGAAGGAGGCAGCACAAGUAAUUGAAUUAAUGACCCGGAAUAAUGUGUUUCCAGAUGUUUGGACUUACAAUGUGUUGAUUGGUGGGCUAUGUAAAGAAGGUAGGAUUGAUGAAGCAUUUAGAUUGAGAGAUGAUAUGGAAAAUUUAAAGUUGUUUCCUGAUGUUGUUACUUGCAAUACAUUGAUUAAUGGGUGCUUUGAGUGUAGUAAUAGCCCAAAGGCCUUUGAAUUGAUUGAAGAGAUGGAAAAGAAGGGAGUGAAGCUCAAUGCAGUUACAUACAACAUAAUGGUCAAGUGGUAUGUGAAGGAAGGGAAGAUGGAUGAUGCAGGAAAAAUCAUUAGGGAGAUGGAAGAAAGUGGAUUUUCACCUGACGGUGUUACCUAUAAUACUUUGAUAAGUGCGCAUUGCAAAGUGGGGAAGCUGGGUGAAGCAAUCAAGAUGAUGAAUGAAAUGGGGAGGAAAGGUUUGAAGAUGAAUAGUGUGACUCUUAAUACAAUUCUUUAUGCUCUUUGUGGGGAGAAGAAACUUGAUGAGGCAUAUGAGUUGCUAAAAACUGCUAGUAAGCGAGGCUAUUUUGUUGAUGAGGUCAGCUAUGGCACGUUGAUCAUGGGACAUUUUAAAGAUGAAAAGCCAGCUAAAGCAUUAAAACUUUGGGAUGAGAUGAAGGAGAAAGAGAUUGUUCCAAGUAUUAUCACCUAUAACUCUAUGAUUGGAGGGUUAUGUCAAUCAGGAAAAACCGAUCAAGCAAUAGACAAGUUGAAUGAGCUUUUGGAGAGUGGCUUGGUCCCAGAUGAGACAACCUAUAAUACAAUUAUUCAUGGAUACUGCCGGGAGGGACAAGUUGAGAAAGCAUUUCAAUUCCACAACAAAAUGGUUGAGAAAUCUUUUAAGCCAGAUAUAUUUACAUUUAAUAUUCUUCUUCAUGGGCUUUGUAGAGAAGGCAUGCUUGAAAAGGCUCUUAAGCUAUUCAAUACAUGGAUUUCAAAAGGAAAAGCUCUUGAUGCAGUUACAUACAACACAAUAAUAUCAAGCCUUUGCAAAAAUGGCAGAUUUGAGGAAGCAUUUGAUAUUCUUGCAGAAAUGGAAAAGAAGAAGCUUGGGCCUGAUUGCUAUACAUAUAAUGCAAUUAUUGGUGCACUUGCUAACGCAGGUAGGAUCAAAGAGGCUGAAGAGUUCAUGUCCAAAAUUGUGGAAAUGGGGAAAUUGGAAGACCAGACAUUACCAUUGAAUAAAGGACAACAUAUGGGAACCAGUGAGACUCCUGAAGAAUCUGAUCCUAAUUCUAUUACCUUUUCAGAACAGAUUAAUGAGUUGUGUUCUCAAGGGAAGUACAAGGAUGCAAUGCAAACUUUUCAAGAAUCAACACAGAAGGGCAUUACUUUACAUAAAUCUACCUAUAUUAAUUUAAUGGAGGGACUUAUCAAGAGGGGAAAGAGCAUAUCCAAGGCUGUUGUAUUAUAGAGAAAUUUUCUUUGGCUGUUCUUGACCUAGAAUAGGUUCAGACAGCCCAUCAUUGCCUUCACAACUAUUUAUAGGGAUUUGAACCUAACGAGAAUGUUGAGGUAACUAUGCAUGUUGUCGAUGUGGUGAUCCCGAAUGAAUGGGUUUUGAUAGUCAACUUCAAACUUUCUUGGCAUGAAAGCAAUCUUCUGCAGUUGAAAGACAAGGUUGGUCCUUAUGACACCAGUCGGUUUGGUAGAGUUAGGAACCCACACUAAUGAAAAUUGAACAAGCAGCAAUGUAAAUGGGAACAGUGAACAGAAAAUUUUGUAUUAAAUGGAGUGAUGGCUUCACAACUCUUCUUCUAUCUUGUUGUCCACUUGACAAAUUCUGAAUGAAGGAGCUAAAAGAAACAAGCUCUCGAUCAACAAUGCCUGAAACAGCCCCCUGGGAAGAAUCCCCAUGCAGAUAAAUGUUAAGGAUUUCUACCUCACCCCUGGUCAUUUAUGACAAUGUUCUUACAAUGGUACUUUCCUAUAUAGUACUCCAGACACAUUUGUCAAAAAAUCUUUAGUUCGUGCCAGGAAAAUCUACAAGAUCAGGCACUUGGGGAUGAUGAUGAUGUGUAACAAGUACAACCCACUGAAGCCAUUGGGGCAGCAUAAAACACGUACAAGAAUUGGUGUAAAAUUUUUUCUUUUUAAUUCACCAACUGUAUUAUGUUUUCUACAAAUUGUUUUAUGGGUGGGCCAACUGGCAUUCCAGCAUUGCUAUGUGUGUUCUUUUGCAGUCUCUGAAUUGAUUUAUUGAUUCAUUGAUUGACCAGAAGACACAUAUGCUGACUGUGUGUACAUAAAUUGUGAUAAAUGUUUAUGCUGCAUUAUAUUUAUAUUUAUUUUGUAUAAUUGAACUGUAUGAUAGCAGGCGGGGGAGGAAAUCAGCAAAUACUGAUUAUGCUUGCUUCAGAUAAUGUCUAGAUGUCAUAACUAGGAGUAGGAAGGAAAGAGAAAAGAAUUAGAACAAACUGCUUUACUGAGGAUUGGUUCCUUAUUGAUGUUGUUUUGCACUGUUUGGCGACCUUCUUUCGUUUCCUUCCACAAAUUUUAAUUAGAUUUGUUUUGUUAUUAAUGUACUAUAUGAGAUGGAUAUUCUCUGUA